CUAGACGCUUCCUUAGCCCGCGCCCCUAGCUAGCAAAUUAGCUAGCUAGUUAACCAAACCUAGCUGGUUUUCUUAACUUGUUUAGGCUACUGUACGUGCAUAGUAAUUAUAAGUUUUGUCCUGCAGUGGAGACGAAAGAUAUUUAAUUGUUAUUUAUUUCAUUUAAAGUUGUUGUCAGCGCCUAAAAGAGAUUACGUUUAUAUGUUUUUGAGAGCGACGGCUAGCUGUUUAGGUGCGCGCGCGAUUCAUUGAGAUUCCAGAGAUGCUGGUUAAUUUGUUGAUUUGUUAUUAACAAUUUAUUUAUUUGUGAGUGAAUAUUUGUCGACUUAUUAGUGUUGGAUUGCGGUUUGUUUAAUGCCUGUGUGUAGCAGAUUUGACAGCAGUGUUGAACACGGUCCUGUGUGUAUGUUAGCCUCCUGACACCCAUUCUGUAACGUUAGAUAUACCGAUAUAUGUGCGUCAGUGUUUCGUCUGGGUUACUCCUCUUUGUGUACGCGGCUAGUUUUCAACCCGGAGAUUUAGGGUGUUUUAAGUGUGAGGUGGUUUGGAAGUCGAGCACUUAGCGCGCUAGCACACGCCUAAAGCGGGGCGUCUUUCCUUCCUGGAGCACCUGUUAGCUCGACCUGCAGCUGAGCUCGUCUUCACUGUUUAAACCGUGUUUCUCAGAUUUUUCCUUUUAAGACGAGGUGAUUUUUUACGGAAUAAUGUGGUAUUAGUGGUGAUGCUUGUAAGGAUUGAGAAAGAUCAUCAGGUUGAACAUGGCUCCGAAAAAAAGACCAGUCCCUCUGAUCAUUGGAGGAAGUGGAGAAGCUCAGGGCACAGCUGCAAACCUGGGGGCUGCUUCAGAAGCCUAUCUGGAGACCCUGCAGAAAAAACUUGGUGAGUUGGACUUGGACGAGCAGCAGAAGAAGCGUUUAGAGGCCUUCCUCACGCAGAAAGCUAAAGUGGGCGAGCUAAAGGACGAUGACUUUCAGCAUAUCUGUGAGCUUGGAGCAGGAAAUGGUGGUGUGGUUAAUAAAGUCUGCCACAAGCCCUCUGGACUCAUCAUGGCCAGAAAGUUAAUUCAUCUUGAGAUCAAACCAGCAAUCAGGAACCAGAUCAUUAGAGAACUGCAAGUCUUGCAUGAGUGCAACUCUCCCUAUAUAGUGGGCUUUUAUGGUGCUUUCUACAGCGAUGGAGAGAUCAGUAUCUGCAUGGAGCACAUGGAUGGAGGUUCUUUGGAUCAGGUGCUAAAAGAAGCUCGGAGAAUUCCAGAAGAAAUCCUGGGGAAAGUCAGUAUAUGUGUGUUAAGAGGUCUCGCUUACCUUCGAGAGAAACACCAGAUCAUGCACAGAGAUGUCAAGCCAUCAAACAUUCUGGUGAAUUCAAGAGGGGAGAUCAAGUUGUGUGAUUUUGGAGUGAGCGGUCAGCUCAUCGACUCCAUGGCCAACUCUUUCGUAGGCACAAGGUCGUAUAUGUCUCCUGAAAGACUGCAGGGGACUCAUUACUCAGUGCAGUCAGAUGUAUGGAGCAUGGGACUGUCUCUGGUAGAGCUCUCCAUCGGGCGCUACCCCAUUCCUCCCCCUGAUGCCAAGGAACUGGAGGCCAUUUUUGGCCGUCCUGUAGCAGAGGGAGAAACACACGGCACCUCCCCACGUUCAAGACCUCCAGGAAGGCCAGUAAGCGGACACGGCCCUGUCAUGGCUAUAUUUGAGCUGCUGGACUACAUAGUCAAUGAGCCUCCACCUAAACUGCCUCAUGGAGUCUUCACUGCAGAUUUCCAGGACUUUGUGACCAAAUGUCUAAUCAAAAAUCCUGCAGAUAGGGCAGACCUGAAGAUGCUGAUGAACCACAUGUUUAUUAAACGCUCGGAAGUGGAAGAAGUCGACUUUGCAGGGUGGCUGUGUAGAACGAUGGGGCUUAACCAACCCAGCACACCCACCCGGACAGCUGAUUAACUGAACAACUGAAAUGCUAUGUUUUUGCUUUGUUCUUUUUGCUUUACUUUUUUUUGUCUAAAGGAAAUGUUCCAGCAUGGUUUUUUAAUCUAAUAUCUGUCUACCAGAUCUGCAGCAGAUGGCAGGAGAAAUAAAUUGAAACACAUUUCACAUUACAAAUGAAAACGGUUUAAAAAAGAAUCUAAAGUACUUGCAUAUUAAAAUUUUAUAAUUCGCACAAUAUUCAGUUGCAUCCAAGAUUUUUUUUUUUUUUUUUUUUGUUUAGGCUUGGCUUCAUCUCUAAUGAUGAUGCAGUACUUUAUUCCUCUUAGUCUGUCCAGCUGUUUCCAUAGAGUGUUCAUAGAGUUUGCUGAAAAAGUUUAGGUUCCAAAGCCCCAUCUUUAUUAAUGAUACCACCAUUACAACCAUCGCAGGCAUCAUCUUGGAGAUUUUUAGCUAGCUGAUUUAAGGUGUUCUCUGUAACUUCACCUCGUAGAGCUGCAACUGCAUUUUAAAGCUUUCUGUCUGAUGUCUGCUAUCUCCACUAUUUCUGCUUUGGAUUUCUCAUCAACCUUUCUCGUUAACAGCAGCCUGAAUGUGUGUUUAUUUUACCAACAUGCUUGGUUUAUUGUCAGAAAGUGGGUUGAAGCCACAUAAGAAUAGCUUUAAUAAGACCUUUCUGUCUGUUUAUUGCUAUUGAACGUUUAUAGUGUUAAAUUUAUAUUGUACAGACACCAUUUUUUCUCGAGUAUAAAUGAGUUUUUAGGUUUUAACAGUGCAGAAAUUGUCCUCAAAGCAUGGUAGUGGCGUGUACUGGACAGAUACAGUGGAUAGUGAUUAGGUUAUGAUUGCUGGAGUUUUUCUUUAAACUUGCACAUUCUUGCACACAAACUAUUUCCAGAGCAGCCCGUGUACAUGCCAUCAUUCUGAAUGCUCCUGCUGCCUGGCUGAAAGUUGGCUGAGUUUAUCCUGUAUUUUAAAUCAACCAAAAAAUAAAUAAAUAAAAAAACAAAGUUUAAUUAUACGUUCACGUCUACAUUUAUGCAUGCAUGUAGGUUCACAUCAGUUAAUAGCGUCUCAGGUGACUCUUAUAUUACGUUAAUAAUUGUAUAGAUAUAUCUUAUCUGGACCUAGAUCACAUGCUACAGUUAAUAUAUAAAGUAUAUGGACAAAAUGUUCAUCUUAAGCACUGUUGUAUCAAACAGUUAUGAUGAUUUCAGAUCGGUUGAUGUGAAAGAAAAAUAAUGUAUGUGGCUUAAUGCCUUUGUCUCAAUAAAACUCGAAUGUAUGUAGAUA